AUGUAUUAGAAAGUUGUUUAGAAAUUAAUUAAUACAUACAUACAUCUAUACAUAUUCAGUCAGAUAAAAGAAAAGUAAUAAGGUAAAGAAAAAAACUAAUAAUAAAUUAACAAGAAAAAUUAGUAACACGAAUUAAUAAUUUCAAUAAGUAGCUCGAAUAGUAAAGAUCCUAGCACAGAAUAGGCAUUUAAAUAACAAGUCAGAUCAUAUAAAUUUGGUAAUAUCAUGAACAAUCUCAAGCAAACUGAUGAAUUUAUGACUGAGCAAUAGCAAAAUUAAUUGGAAAAUUCAAUGAAGGACCUGCUUGAAAAGAUACUCACUUAUAUGGAGAAAUUUAUCAAGACAAAAGAUGAUUUAUAGGCAAUCGAAUCGAAACUGAAUGAUUACGAUAACUUGAAUUCUCUCUUGGACAUUAUAAAAUCUAUAUUUUCCCAUCUAACUGCUAAAAUUGAUGAGUACUUGCCAAAGGAUAAAGCAUAGUAAAAGACUACCAAUGAAAACAAUGAAGACUAUGACUAGCUUGAAAAAAUAUUAUAAAAGCAUGAAGCCGAAAUUAGAACUCAUAUAAGACUUGAAUAGUAAUUAAAGCUGUACGCAGAAAACUUACAAUCAAAAUUAGAUGAAAGCGAGCAAGCACGUAGCGAUUUACUCGAGUCAACAAAGGCUAUGAUCAAUGACAUAAAAAGGUAGAAUAAUGCUUUAAGUGAAUAACUGUCAAAACUUUAGCAAGAAAACUAGGCUUUAACAGAAUAAGUAAAGGGAUUUAACGAAAACGAAAAAUUAUUAGAAGAAAAGCUAUAUAAUAUGCCAUAUUUGCAACAAAAAAUCCAAACGCUAGAGAAAUUAGUCAAGGACAAUAUGCAAGAAAAAUAUCUGACAGCUUCCAUGUAAAAUCUUCAAAAAGAAAAUAGUUUUAAAAAGGUAAUUGCUUAAAAUGAGCAAGAUCUAAAGAAAGUUAAAAAACCUGAAACACCUCCAAUAAAUUAAAUGAUGACAAAUAGUGCUAUUUAAGGCACUUCUCCUAUUAAGGUAGAAAGACGUGCUCCAACUCCAAAUCUGAAUUCAUAAGGAAAAGUUAUUAAAGAAAAUAGCAUAAAGGCAAGUUACCAGAGAUUCUACAACAACAUUAAGAUGAACAGAGAGGACUAGACGACAUCAUCAACCCUUGCUUUUUAAAAUGAUAAAAGUGAAAAUAAAAUAGAAUAAAAAAACAAAGAAAUCAGAGCCCAAACAAUCUAUGCAAACAUCGCUUAAAAGAAUGGAAUCAACCAAUUAAUUUAAUCUUCUCUUCGUGAAAGAGACGCUAAGACCCUGAACAGUGGUGGAGGCAGUAUUACCAACUCUCAUAAUAAUUCAAUAAUAUGCAAUAAUAGCAAUUCAAGUAAAAAUUUUAAACAAACAAACCACAAAAGAUCUAAGAGUCACUAAGUUAAUAAAAUAAGAGGCAUGGUAAAUGGAAAUAUAGCCUUAAAAAACCCAACUGAUUACUCACGCUUAUCUAACCAAGACUUUUCUGAUAUUCAAAUUACAACUGGCUACAACAAAUGA